ACGUCCAAUCAGACCCGACUUGAGUUUUAAACUAGAGACGGUAGUUCCUUCUCCCAGAAACCCACAACAAACACCUCAACUGAGCCCAGCUGUUCCGUUCAGGACGGGGCUCUGGCUUAUAGACGAGACUCUACUCCAUUUAUUGCUCUAUUUUAGCUCUCCAACCGCCUCUCGUCUCGUCUCCAGCUUGUUUCAUGGGAACCCAGGAGGGAGAGAGAGAUUGGGUAGAUGUGGCAAAUGAUCUACUCAACAAGUGUCCCAUGAACCUAAGGCUGAGGAAACUGGCUGACUGUGAUGCAAAUGUUUUCAUUGCUCUGUAUGAAAAUAUCUUGGGGGAGAAAGUUCCAGAUUACAUCGCAGAGCCAUGCAGUCAAGAGGAUGACAUCCAUAACAUUCAGUCUGUGAUCGACUCACUCUCCCUGGAUUACCUUCAGAUCAGUCUCUCACACAUUACAGGAGAAAAUGUUGUCAGCGGGGACAAGGAGUCUAUCAAGAACCUCCUGGAAAUCUUUGAUGGCCUCCUGGAAUAUCUCAAGGAGGAAAUAAGCGAGGAGUCACAGAAUGGUGAGGAACUGAGUGACAGUCUUAAUGAGGAUGUGCCUGUUGAAACCAAGGAGCCCACAAGCUGCAAUGCCACAGAGCACAAGGAGACUAAACCGGAGGGAGCAUCUUUGUCUUCCAGUGGAGAGUCCACUGUCCAUUCCAGUAAGAAUUCCCUCCAUACCUGGAACGCUGAGGAGAUUGGAUCAACUAGUGAGCUCAUUGGGCUGGGAGUCUCUGCACGCACAUUUACAGCCAGACAAGAAGAUGCAGUCACCACCUCUGGUCCCCUGGAUGCUCAGGACGCUCCACUGACUGAACCGCUGCCCUCAGCCAUCGCUCUGCAGCCACCCACCCAGAGCAACACCCCCCACGCACCCGACACAGACCCACACUCAACCAGCAGAUCCCCAACAGCUGCUGGCCUAAGUCAGGAGCACGCAGCGGAGGAAGCUGCUCCUGUCACUACAGAGACCUCUAAACCGGUAGCUGAGACAGUUGUUACCAAUGGACUACAGUCUCCUCCUCCUUUCCAGUCUCCUGCUGCGAGUGUGAAGUCUUUGUCCAGUCAGCAAAGAGGCGGGACAGAAGUGGAGGGGGAGACACUAGAGCCGACUAAUGGGGGACCCAGGAGGGUUUUAUUCCGCACCAAGCCAGAUGUGCUCUUCCUCACCCUGCAGGAUGAGAUGGCAGUCACAACCCCUUCUCCACCAGACACUGAGGAGGAAGAGCAAGAUCAGGAGGAUCAGAGUUAUACACUAAGACAACCGGACAGAAGGAUAGAUCACAGAGAUAGGAAAGGUCUCAGCAGGUUGGAGGAGGAAGGUUUGGAGGAACCUCUGUCGUAUCGCAGGCAGAGGAACAAGAAAGCAGAAGAGGAGCUGCAUCACUUAUCUGAGAACCUCUCCCAUCGACUUGAGGAACUUGAUCAGAUGCUCAAACGAGUUCUGAGUGAAAGUGGAGAGUCCAGUGAAGUCCGAGAAGAGGACAAGCAGUCCCACCACAGUGACAGCAUCAUGGAGUGUCGCAGGACUCCCAGACAACACACAGUUGUAGGAACACCUGACGCUGAAUCCACCCACCGGACGCGCUCCUUAUCCCCCUCCCCUCCACCGGUCCGUCGCUCCCUGCAGGGACAGUUAGAGGACGCCAUGGCAGAGGCCUUGAGUCUGGAUGACGGGAGACAAACCAACCUUGCAGCUUCUGAUCAAUCGAGGCGACGAAGAGAGCUACACCACAGACCGUCUAGCAGAAAACAUAGCAAGUAUCUGGAGAAUGAGGCCUAUGAGGAGGAGCUGAAAAGAUAUGAAGACAAAGAACGUGCAGAUCUAGACAAGGCUCGCCUCAAAGCUCAGGAAGCAGAGCGUCAGUACAGAGAGGCCAUACUAAGGGAUGUUUCCGAAGCCCCCAGACUGUCCCUAGCUAGGACGAAGGCCCAUCAUAAGUCACAACAUAACGCACAAACCACACCAGGACGGAGACGGCAGGAGACCCCCAGGAAAACUCCAUCAAUGAAGGUGAAGGAGAAUGACCUCCUCCCUGUGCUCCUGGAGGAGUUGCCCCACCUUCACAUCUCCCCCAACGCCCUGGGUCGGAUGUGGGACCAGCAGAUGCAGCAGGUAGACAGACUCCAUGCCCUGUCAUCCCCUCAUAGCCAGCGUCGCAGCAAACUCACCAGCCAGGUGGAGGAAGCCCAGAGGAAACAUGACCUGCUGGUGGAGAUCAUCCGCAAAGAGCAGGAUCACAAAAGGCGUCUGGGGGACUUCAAAGAGCGCAUGAAGCAGCAGAAGUCGACCCAGAACAGACUGAAGGAACAGAGGCAGCAGAUGGCACGCGCCAAGAAGUACCACAGCGACUACCAUGUCCAGCACCGUGCCCGGCUGCUGAGAGCACGCACCAAGGAGGAGAGGAUGUUUCGACAGUUGUUUGAGGAAGGUUUGGAGCUACAGAAAGUCCGGUUGAGAGAGCAGAAAGCCUACGCCAAGGAGCAGCGGAUGGAACAUCAGAGACGACACCAGGACCAGAUCAAAUCCAUGGAGAACUACUACAAAGACCAAUUUUCACUACUCGCUGAAAAACUUGCCGAAGAACGGCAGGACAUCCAGGUUCGGAAAAAAGCUCAAGAAAAGGCUCUGCUGAAGAUGAAGCGAGAGCUGCGUUCCAGGAUGGAGCGUGAGAUCGGUGAACUGCAGGAGAUCAUCGUCCAGAACGAUGAGGACGACCAUUUCCAGGAUCUGGAGGUCCAGAGGCUGCGCAGUCGGGUCCAGAUGGCUUCCUUCCAGUACAACACUAGCUAUCUGCACUGACCAGGGAAGCGAGACACAGGGCUGUUUUAAGCUCCGCUCAAUCAAGGCUAGAUUUACAUCAGAGGAACAUGCUGCAAAAGACUGUUUCUGCCUUUCACAUUUUCACAACUAAAGGUACGACUUUCUGACGGCUGAACACUGUCUCCAACUUCCUUCAGAGAUUUGCACAGAAGAGGAAACUAACAUUGUAAGAACUUAUACAAGUCCUGGUGAUUGAUUAAUGAACCGAACACACUCCAACAAAAUGUAGCUAUCAGCUAAUUUAGCAAACUUCCUCUCACCUCAGCUGCUAUACCUGAACUUAACGACACCUUGGACCAAGUCCCCUUCUUCCAUGGGUUUUAGUACUUGAUAACUAAGAAUGUUUUAAAAAUGGCUCCCUCACUGUGCAGUCUUUGUGUGCUGAUAUUGUAGCAAACAACUAGUAAAAAUGUUCUUCCUCUUGCCAAAUAGGGACCACUGAUGCAAAGUUAACAAGUAUGUCCCACAUUGACAGAUUUUUAACUUCCAUUUUUUUCCCCCGUAUAUGUGCGAUGUCUUCCUUUAAUGAUUUAACCAUGCCAGUGGAUUAUUUAUUUUUUAACUUUUAAUGUUGUUUGAUUUUUAAUUAACCUGGUGUUGUGCUGUCCGAUCACCAGGGGCGAUGAUAAUCAGUCUUUCAUGACUUCUCCUUUUCCUCAGCUCCAUUGUGAUUGUUUUUAAUCUCAGCCAGAACUAAAGAUAUGGUAGUUUUAAACCAAUACAAAGGGUUUCAAUGUUAAAACACUGUCCGCUGAUAUUGUAUCUAAUGAGCACACUGAUGCCCCGUCAUCAUCCUCCAUUAAAUGUGUGGACUCACUCA